AAAAGGAAGGAAGAAGACCCUUACAACGACUUAGUUUGAAUUUUCCCGCCGAAAUGCCAGUUUCCCGAGAAAAUUCAUUUUGGGCGGUUCGGAAUCGGGCUCGCAGCUCUUGCCGCUACGCAGUCGCAGUCCUCUCCGACACCAGAGUGUGCAUUGCCGGUUACGUCCUCGUGCUCUUCAUCAUCUACACGAAACAACACUCCGAUCUCCCCUCCUACUCCGAUUCCGAUGCGCAUCGUCGCACGUUGCCGUUCUCCUCCGGCGUCUUCCACUCUCCGGAGGAGGCUUUCCGCUUCGACUACGAGAAGAUGGAGGAGGAGUUCAAGGUCUUCGUGUAUCCCGACGGAGAUCCUGAAACCUAUUUCCACACGCCGAGGAAACUCACCGGCAAAUACGCCAGCGAAGGCUACUUCUUCAAGAACAUCAGAGAGAGUCGAUUCUUCACCGAUGAUCCGCGCGAGCUCACCUCUUCUUCCUUCCUAUUUCUUGCCACAAAAUGCGAGGCAGAGUAUGUCCUCCUCUUCGAGAUUACGCAUUGCUUUAAUUUAAUUUAAUCAAUUAUUCCAACGCCGAUUUGCGAAUUCAUAAACUGUUUUGCGAGCGUAAGCUUCGAUAUGGCUCAACCAUAUCGAUUGUGUGAUGUA